CCUUUCAAUUGGCGGUGUAUAACAUAUAGAAUGGAACCAAGGUUUAAUGUGACAUACAUUAUUCUUGGAGGCUAUGCAGAACUACAGAGGUACAGAUACCUCUAUUUUUUCAUCAUGGUUACUGCAUAUCUUCUCAUAAUCUUUUGGAACACUUGUAUUGUUUGCCUUAUUAUUGUUCACAAAAACCUCCAUGAGCCUAUGUAUGUUUUCAUUGCUGCUUUGUUAAUCAAUUCUAUUUUUUACAGUACUAACAUUUACCCUAAGCUCUUGAUCGACUUUUUAUCCAAAAGGCAGAUCAUAUUCUAUCAAGCUUGUCUUUUUCAAAUCUUUGCAUUUUAUUCUUUAAGUGCUUCAGAAUUUUUACUGCUGGCAGCAAUGGCCUAUGACAGAUAUGUCUCUAUAUGUAAACCUCUGCAAUAUCCAUCCAUAAUGACAAGAAAAGCUGUUAGUGCUUUGCUUGUUUUAGCUUGGCUUAUACCUGCCUGUCAUGUUUCAGUCUCCGUUAUACUCAGUUCCAAUAGAAGACUAUGUAAAAACACCUUAAAUGGGAUUUAUUGUAACAAUGCAGCUCAUGGUCUUUAUUGUGUGAGUUCAGCAGCACUUUCAGUUUAUGGGUUAAUUGUUCUACUUAAUAUUGGUAUUUUUCCUAUGCUUUUCAUAGUCUUUACAUACACAAAGAUAAUAAUAAUAGCCUAUAAGAGUUGCAGAGAAGCCAGAAAAAAAGCUGUACAGACCUGUUUGCCUCACCUGCUGGUUUUAUUAAACUAUUCCAUUCUGAUUACAUAUGAUGUUAUUAUAGUCCAGCUGGGGUCAGAUAUACCGAGGACUGUAAAACUUUUAAUGAGUCUUCAAAUAAUUACAUUUCAUCCCCUCUGUAAUCCACUUAUAUAUGGACUAAAACUGAAAACAAUUUCUUCACAUCUCAAAACUUUGUUCAGUCAAAUCAAAUGGAGCUCGCUUACAGAGUUUUUCCAAAACUAGAAAAAGGAGAAACUACUUGUUGAGUUAUAUUAAUAUGACUAGAACUAAAUGCAACUUGAAAGGCAAAACUAGAGAUGCCUUUGCUAAAGUGUUUACAUGUUUAAAACUGCUUUUUGUAUUCUGUAGUAUUAUCAGUUUAAUGCUUAUCAAUGUGAUGUUUUAUUUAGCUGUAGGUAACCUUUAUGAUGCCU